GCAAGCAAAAAUAUAAAAUAUUAACAAAAACAUCAGUGCAAACAUCGUUAGAUAGCAAUUAUCAUAACCUACAAAAGUCAAAAAUGUCUGAUGAAACAAAUUCAAACACAACAAUUAAAAUUGAACCGAUCGAAUAUCCUCAGGUAAAACAAGAGUUAGAUGAUUAUGAAAUUGAUGAAAUUUGUCCACAGCAAUUUCUAAAAUCAGAAGUUACGGUUGAAGAGGAUAUAAAGCAAGAAAUCAUCGAUGAGCAAGUUUUUAAACAUGAUCCUCAAGUGAAAGAAGAGGUUGAUGAUAAUGAACAUACAUCAAAUAUGAAUAUGGAGAGUGAUGAGAUAUGCCUACAGCAAUUUCUAAAAUCUGAGGUUACGAUUGAUGAGGAAAUGAAGCAAGAAAAGAUUGAUGUGCAAGAUACAAGUUUAAGUGAGAAAACUGACAUAUUCAAUGAAAUCAUUGGUAAUUCAAGUAACACGAACAAAGCAUUUGAAAAAAAGUGGUCUUUAAAACACCAUGAAGCAAUUCACACUGGAGAACGUCCGCAUGAGUGUGAAAUAUGCAAUAAAAGAUUUGUCAAUUUAAGAAUGUUAAAAAACCACUCAGCAUUGCAUAAAGAAGACCCUUAUUACAAACAUCCACAUGAGUGUGAAAUAUGCAGAAAAAAGUUUGUAACAAAAGGAGCAUUAAAUUACCAUCAAAAGAUUCACAGCGAAGAACGUCCUUAUAAGUGCGAAAUAUGCAAUAAAGCAUUUGCAUUAAAGGAAUAUCUUAAAGGACAUAAAAUGAUUCAUUCUGAAGAACAUCCUUAUAGUUGUGAUAUAUGCAAUAAAACAUUUACAAGAAAGACAUCAUUUAAGAUUCAUGAAAUGAAUCAUACUGGUGAACGACCUUACAAAUGUGAAAUAUGCAAUAAAGGAUUCAAAGCAAUGUGGCUUUUAAAACAACACGAAAAUGUUCACACUGGUGAACAUCCGCAUAGUUGUGAUAUAUGCAAUGAAAAAUUUACAGUAAAGUCAUUAUUAAUCUAUCAUAAAAUGAAUCAUACUGGUGAACGACCUUACAAAUGCGAAAUAUGCAAUAAAACAUACAAAUCAAAGAUAAGUUUAACCGAACAUGAAAGGUCUCACACUGGAGAAAGACCUUUUGAAUGUGAAAUAUGUCAUAAAGCAUUUAAAACAAAUCGGGCUUUAAAAGCCCAUGCAAGUAUUCACACUGAAGAACGUACUUAUAGUUGUGAAAUAUGCAAUAAAACAUACAUAAGAAAAGAUUCAUUAACACGACAUGAACUUAUUCACACUGGAGAACUGCUUCAUGAGUGCGAAAUAUGCAAAAAAAGGUUUGCACAUCAAAGGAACUUAAAAACGCAUUUAUCAGUGCAUAACGAAGAACGUCCUUAUAGUUGUGAAAUAUGUAAUAAAACAUUCAAUAGAAACACAAAUUUAAAGCAACAUAAAAUGAUUCAUACAGGUGAACGUCCUUUUAGUUGUGAAAUAUGCAAUAAAACAUUCACAUCUAAACAAGCAUUCAAUCAACAUAAAAUAUCUCACACUGAUGAGGGUUCUUUCAACUGCGAAAUAUGCAAUAAGUCAUUUGGCAACAAAACAAUCAUUAGGCCGACAUAA